AUGAAAAUAACACAGAGGUAUCGUCGUGCAAUUCUGGCACCUGUGUCGAUCGUGAUAUUAUUAUGCGGUUGCACCGAUCUCGUGUCCUCUCGAUCGCCGCGUUUCGCCGAACAUCCAAAAAACGAUACCGCAUCGGUGUUCGCUGACUGUGAACGUGUGAAGCCUUUCUUCGACAGCAAGAAUAUCUCGAUUGCAGCUGCGAAGCAAAACACACCGGAGGAUGUGGCUAAAACAACUUGUUCUGGUUUGUGCUGCAAUCGGGAGACCGAAGAGCAAUUAAGACAUCAGGCCAGAGCAGAUUUUCACGAUUUGAUCCAUCAUCAUAGUAGAAGUCUGCAAGGUCUUCUGGCAACAACGGCGGACGCAUUAAGAGAAACGGUAACGAUGCUCGCGAGGCAGUCGGAGAACAAAACCUUAACCCUGUUCGAUCAAGUGUACCGUACAAUGGCAGUGUUGAGCAGACCUUCGAUAAAGGCGUUGUACCAAGCUAUGGUUGAUUACGUGUCACCUAGUAACACGCCGGACACCUUGCAACAACCUCUUACACGCGAUAUGCUUCAGGAACGUUUCAUCGAGUUCUUCACCAAGUUGUUCCCGAUCGCGUAUCACAAUGCGGUGAAUCCGCGUCAGUACGAGCAAGAUUUCACGGAGAAGUUUAAGAACUGCUUGUACGAAACUAUGGAGGAAAUACAACCGUUCGGUGACAUACCUAAACAGGUGUCGAAGUCGGUCAGCAAGAGCCUCGAAGCUACCAGGGUACUGGUGCAAGCCUUGACUCUUGGCAAAACGGUUCUGGAUAGAACGGACAGCGUGCUGUUUUCCGGUACCAGCCCCCAGCAGGAAGCCUGCUACGGUGCGUUGCUCAGGAUGACCUAUUGUCCGAGGUGCAAGGGCAUCGGUCCCUCAGUCAGGCCCUGCAGCGGAUUCUGCACUAAUGUCAUGAGAGGAUGCUUGACAGAACCAGCAUCCGAACUAGAUCUGGCAUGGUCCGGCUACGUGGAAACGGUCGAGAGGCUGGUUGUGGCGGUCGACGGUCGUAACGAUCAGUCGGGCCUGAAUGCCGAGAGGGCUGUCAGACAGUUGGACACCCGCAUUUCGGACGCCAUUAUGCACGCGAUGGAAAACGGGCCGGCGCUCGAGGAGAAGGUGAGAAAAGUGUGCGGUCGUUCGGAGCUGCAGCCAUCGAACGAAGGGUCCGUUACGGGUUCGGAUGCAGCUGCAACGGGGAAAUCGACGUCGAACAACUUGGAGAUGCACGCAGCUGCAUCGGCUGGCACGCAUAGAACAGUACCAACUCAGUUGUACGUGCAGCUGGGUAAUUUCUUGGCCAGUGUCGUCAGAUCAAGGACCUUCUACGGCACUUUGGCCGACACGAUCUGCGAAGAGUAUCCUGACAAACGAUGCUGGAAUGGCGAACGCGUCGGAGAGUAUACAAAGACGGUGGUGGACUCUAGUUUAAUGGCGCAACGGUACAACCCUGAGUUUACGAUAACGACAAUGUCACCGACGACAACUUCCUACGGCAAUGCGAACACUAGCGUGCUCAUUGACCAAUUGAGGCACAUUAAUCAGAUUUUGCAGUCUCAAUUGGCGGCAGCGCCUGACAGUGGAAUCCUGCUCGCCGACGAAGCCUUGGAUGGUUCAGGAAGUGGUGACAGGCCAAUUUGGAGGAAGAAUAACAAAGGAGACGGCAUCGAUAACGAUGACGAGGACGUGCAUGGUUACGAUCGCGACGACGAAGAGGCCUCUGGAUCAGGAAUGGGCCCACCAGGAGUUACACCAGAUCCGAUGCUGAACACGAAUCGCGACAAGCCAAUCGCAGCCGGUUCAUCGAACGUUCUCGCGUCGUCGAUCGUGUUUGCGAUCGCGUUCGCGGUACCCGUGAUCGCUUAAGCUUCAUGAAAAUCGAGCGUGAAAGAAGGGAAACGACGUUUCGACGAGCCGCGACCUAGACGUAGACAAACGAGUUUGGAGCCCGCGUCGGCGAACAGGAUGAUCCUGCUCGACACGAGGGAACCGAUCCUCAUCCGGAUCGUACGAAAUCUGCUUGAUAGGUAUUUUACCGUGUCGCCGCGACUUCCCAUAGAAACAGCUGGAGAUCUGUUUUCGUCGCUCGUCGCUGAGAAUCGUGAACGCCGUUGUGCCGAUCGAUCGAACGGAAAGACUGUUUUUCGUAAUAGAAUCGUUUUACGCGAACGGACAAUUGAUUCCUAGGCUAUAAAGAAAAAAAAAAAAAAAGAAAGAAAGAAAGAAAAAAAAAAUGAAAAUCAGUACGUGCGAGGAUAAAAGAUCGUUGGAUCGUUUCUUAGCGGCCAGUCGUGCCUAGCUUCUAACGGCCUAACGACGCGUUUAUCGUCGACGAGUGGAAGCUUCGAGGAACAACGGGGGAGAGACCGGGCUCUUGUUGUACAUUUUGUUGCUCGUGAACGAGGAUGGAGAGAAAUUUAUGUAUAAAAAAACUCUAGAAAAAUCGUCUGAACCCCUGCUCCACGAAGAAAGAACGGUAGGGUAAGAAUCGUCGAAGAACGAUAUAGAUUCCUGAAAAGGAAGAAAGUCCUGUUUAUCGAAGAAUACUGGUGGAAUUCGAGGAACAAGAGGGGGACAUGCGUUCUACGAAAUUGAAAGUAAUUAGACAAAAUUUUCAGAGGAUGAUCCUCGUAGAGAGCUGGAAUGUUGUGUACCGUCUCGUUGGAUGAUCGAAUGGUAUUACCUGCUGGAGAUAAAAUUAACUUCACACCGUUUGUCUAUGUUAUUAGCAGUGACUGAUGAUACGUUGCCAUAUUAACGAAAUAGAGAUACAAAGGGAUUAUUGGCCAGACGCGAAUUGUAACCCGCGCGUUUGACCGAACCGCGCGGUCCGUAUUUAUUAAAUCGCGUACAGAAAGAAAGAGUUUGGAUACACUCGUUCGAUCGUUGGAUGAUUGGGGAGGGAGAAACGACCAUCCGAACCUCGAGCAAUAAUCGUGCAUCGUUGAUACGCACACUCGUUUCGCUGUGAACAUUACCGAGAGGAUGAGAGAAUCGGCAUCGAAGUCAAAGUGUUUUUUAUUUUUCCGAUGGAGAGAAGUUUCCCUCCGGUUUCCGUUUCGGUGGCUUUUUAAUAAUUCAAAGGGACUCCGACUACUGUGCCUCGCGUUCAACGCUAUUCUUCGUCGACGCGUUACGAUGUAUAGUUUGACGCGAAGGUAUAGGGCGGUCGUGAAUUAUAGCAUCGAUUCGAGCUGCGGUGGUGCGCGUCUUGGAUCGUUUUCUAAGUGCUAUACGGCACUUAAUUUUAACCCUUUAGGUAUCGUGGGCUCAUGAACGCAUCAAUUUAGUAAUUGGCACGUUCAGUUGUUGAAAGUAUUUAAAUAAGAACUACGUAUAGCGUUUUUGGCAGCUCACGAUAAUAGCGGAAGGGUUAAAUCUGACGACCGCGCUAUAUCUCCGAUCUGACUAUACUGGCGACGCAAAGCGUCCUCCUUCGUCACGCAUGCCAUACCGCAAAAGCUAACUGCCAAAACGCCGAUUGAGCGAGGCUCGAUUUUAGAGACUUUUAUACUGGAGGCAAGCUUCCAGAGCAGACGUGGGCAAUUCGAUGCCCAUAGGUUUGGUAUGAGCAUCUGGGCAAUCGCUUCGGGGCAAUGUUUUAUAUUAGAAGUGGCGGGAACGAGACCGAUGUGUUAUUCUUAAUACAACGCUGUUGUUCUUCUGUUUCGUGCAAAAACUAACGCGUUUCAUUGGCUAUUUUCAUAAUUGAAUAAAAAUAUAUUUAUAAUUUAAUUUAUUAACGAGAUACAAUGCUAUCGAUCAAUUUAUUUAUAGGAAAUUUGGUACCAGAAAACACUAUCGGAAAUGCAAUGAACAAUACUAUAAUGACGAGUUAUACAAUUUUGUAUUUUAAUAAUUGCAUUAAGUUGAUGCAUGUGUAAACAUCAUAAUUGAAUAAAUGAAAUGUUUAAAUUUAACGAGAUUUCGGUAAUUUUAUUUUGUACAUAUAAUUCUAUAAAAGAAAUAAGCAAUUUCUGGUAGGUAAUUUAAGAAAAUUUAACAGGUUGACUGACCAUAAUGAAAGUAGCCAUACGCAAUAACAAUUAUUAACGAACUUUUCAUUUAAAUUUUCAAAUCGCCACUAUUUACUAUAGUAAUAUCUUCUUUUUUCUCUUAAUUAUUUGACAAUAUUAAAUUAUAAUUUUAACGCAUUAAUCAGUGAUCGAGUAUAAAGUGCCAUAAUUCAUAUUACCAUUUUAACAUCAUUUUGCCAAUCUUAGCAUGGCUUGAAUUAAUUUUGUUGGUAAUAUAAACAUAAAUAAUUAAUCGGUAUAUAAAGUUUGUUUAAAUUAACCAUCUAACAUUACAUAGUCUAAAAGGUAGUAUCUAAUCGGUUAAUUGGCAAAUUGAUUGACUGGCAACAGAUUUUAAAUUGCGUUAUACCUAACAUACGUUGAAACGUUUCAAGUGCCAAAAAAAAGAAUGGUACCCAUGAAAAUGUCCUAAGCCUAAGCGAGACGUCUAAACUUCGAAGCGGACCUCGAUUUUGGCGGUUUGCUUACCAACCAAGAAAAGCGUUUUAGACGUAAGAAAAUGUUGAGUGACCUAAGGAAAGUGUCGCCUCGACAGGCCAACUGAUUUUGUAUAAUACAUUUAAUUCAUUCGGAUUUUCGACGUUUAGUGCCUUGUUGAAUAUCCAACAAAAGUGAGGAGAAAAUCAUUUGCAGGGUGUCCAUAAAAGUUGAACGCAAAUUUGUAGAAUAUUUUGACGGGAUUAGGUGGCUGAAAAAUGUUUGUACAAACCUUUUUAUGAAAAAAUUAUUUUACAAAUUUAGGCUACUGUAAAAAAAUAACGUGAGUCAGAAUAUGUUUCAAAGAUCCAUAAGUGAUAAUCUUUGAACGCUUAUAACUUUAUAGUUAUAAUUAUAUUAUAACUGUAUAAUUAUUAUAAUUAUUAUAAUUGUAAUCGACCAUUUGCUGACACAGGUUAGUACGAACAUUUUGUAUACUUACCUACUUAAGCCCUUCAGCGAACUUUAACCCUUCAUGAUCGUAUAUCUACUAUUAAUUACCACAUUAUAUUUAUUAUUCAGACUCAACACUUUCAGUUAUGAAAUGACUGAUUUCAAAUAUAAAAUAAAUAAUUAUUUCUUUUUAUCAAAAAUGAUUAUAAUUAAUUAUAAUCAAUGCAAAACAAUUUUAAUUACAGGGCAUUAGUGUCUUACAAUUAGAUAAAUACUAUUACAAAGGAUUGGUAGCUUGAUUUCAUACAUUUUCAGCUUUUAUGUACACUCUGUGUUAAUACACAACUGUACAUUUUGGUGCAACGAAAGCUUUCUUUGAUUAAAAGAGGUACUAAAGAGAAUCUGGGGGUAGAGACCCCUACCUUGCACGUAGACAGGUGGAAAAAUACAUUAUUUCUUUCCUAUAAUUACUUUUAGUUAUACUGCACUUUGAUAGAUGCAAUUAAAUUUUUAAUUUUUUAACAAGUUAUAAAAAUGUCUUAUACCAUAAAAUUAUAAAUGAUGUUUUAUGUAUAUUGUAGAUACAUUUAACCAAUGCAAGCUUCCGUUGCCCUCGUCUGUACAUUUCCAAUUCGUGUUAAGAAAAGAUGUAUGCGCGUCCGACCUUCUUUUCCUCCUUUUGUAAUUUCUCCUUCUUACUGAAACUCGCCUUAAUCCUAGACGAUCGUAACUGCUAACUCGAUUAAUGCUUCUUGAAUCGCGCUCGGUUCGAGUUCUCUGGUAGAAAUCUAAUUUCCACCGAAACUCGGACACAUUCGCUAAUCGUCGUCUUGGAUUGGGUCCAGACUGUUCGAACGCUUACUAAAUCUCGACGAGAACUUUGUAACGACUUUUGAACCGAAAGGUGUUUUUUCUUUCUAUCGUCGAGCGCAUGGUUUAUUCCUAAGGUUAAUUGUAUCGAACAAUAAACGAUACGCGGGAGAAACUAGUCCAUCGACCAGUGCAGAUAAGAUUAAUUUAUUUGCCGCGUUCAACGAAACUUUGGCGCACCGAUUUCAAUAAAGUGAUUUGCCGAUCGAUCGCUUUGUAUACAGGGUAUGUAUCGAUACUAAAUGAUUAUAAAUAAAAGAACAAAUCGAAAAUGUGGAAUAAAAUUUUGCAAUUGAAAGCUUCGUUUUUGAGAAAAUUAAAUUUCAAAUUUCAAUGUGUGGUCUUUGUUUCAAAGUCCCAAAGUGGAUAAAAUAAAAAAUUAAAUUAAAAUUUGGCCUCUCUCCAUGGUCCGCCAUCCGAGGAUUCAGACAUUGAUCGUAAUUAGUAUCUAAUAAUUAAUAACGAUAUGCCUUCCCCAAAUUAUACAGAUAUUUUAAUAUUUCAGUAUUUCAUUUGGAAGUUAGAUACUUCAAGUAUUCAAGUUAUCCGAAUUAUUCGAAUAAUUCAAUUAUUCAAAAGUAAAAUUCAAAUUCCGUUGUUAUUCUAAUAUUCGACUGAAUACGUCGAAUAUUCGAGUUUUAGGAUUAAGCGAGACUCUUAAUAAUAAUUCUAAGAAAUAUAAUUUAAAAAAAAAAGGAAGUUUCCAGUAAACGAAUUUUUAUUUUACAUUUUCAAUUUGGUUUUUCGUUUGGAAUUACCAUCUAUCUAAUUGCAUUAUUCAUUUUAACAUACCCUGUAUAUUCUUUUUAAGAUUAAUAACAUGGCUUAUUGAGCGACUUCUCUUUUUCCGUUGUUCAUUUCAAGGGAGAAGACGGCCGGAAAGAGAGAAGCUCGUGAUGAGAAUAAUCAUUAAUGUAACCAACUGACUGCCAAAUCCGUCUUGUUCCGGACAUUUGUAAUCGAAUUUAAAGCAGGAACAAGCAAUAAAUCGGACUGACAUUUAAGCUACUUCUUAUUCGACGAGCCUCCGUUGUUCUAAAAAUUCUAUUAAGCUGUUCCAUAAUCAAUGUCGAUUUUUCAUCUUGUAUUAGGAAUGACGAUAACUUUAUUUACAAAUAAAUUUUGUCAAUCAUAUUUCCAGAUUUUCAAAAAACCAUCAUUUUUUAAAUCGAGGAAUUAUUUUAAAAUAAAUAAUCACGUUAAAAUUGGGGCUCUCUCCAUGGUCCGUCGACCAAGGGUUAAUUAGUCCAAUAGUAGGCCGAGGAAAAUUAUCAAAACUAAAAAAGAGUCAAGACAAUUUCACCUCCCAAAAUGUGGACUAGCCACCCCCUACCCAUAAUAUAAGUCACUCAUACCCAAAAACCAGUCAUAUUUGUUUAUUUAUUAAAUGUCAAUAAAUCUGCACCAAAAUCAACGUUUCCAAUAGCCCUGUGCCUGAAACAUACAAUUUGAAAAAUAUUCUAAAAUGAAUAACGUUUCCUUACGACACCCUUAUAAGAUUAAUUAGUUUACAAAGAAUAGCUUCCAGAACCGACGUUUAUUAUGGAACAGCCUAAUAUAAAAGUUUGACGCCCGUGUAAAAUCCUGCGAGGAAGUUUAAUUAAGAAGGUAUUCAGGCAGCAAUUGAGAAUGUAUCCCCUAAGCGAAAUCGCCGAAAUCUUGCAAGGCAAUCAGUCUACGAACGAAAGACAGCGCCUCUUGAGUUCGUGAGAUCGAUACGAACGCUUUUAAGGUCCGAGCGUGAAUUAUAAUAAAUGGAUACCGCGACGAGGAAGACUAAUUUAGCGUGACUCGAGCACAAUUGCCCGAAAUUUAGUAGUGUAAUUCUUCCAAUUCACGGUUCGAAAAAUUUCGGCUGCGAGAGCAUUGUGAUGUCGGUUACCCACCAUUCGGAAUGUCAUUCGAAUUUCUUUACGCGCUGUUCUAAGAUAGAACACACACCACCGUGGACCUGUUUGAUAUUUAAUUUACGGUCCCUUUUAAUGGCACACACCCUCCCGUAUAGUUUAUGGAGUUAUCGUUGAAUACGGUAUACGGUGAAAAGGAAGUGGCCUUACAUUCGAUUCCUUCGAUUCGUGUUGCUUCGCUUCAUUCUCAGAAAAAGCAUCGUUGAGACUCUACGAACUCUAAUUAUUUAUAGUGCUCUUUGUUAUACAUGUUUUGUGGUGCUACACUCAAUAAAAUGUCGAUCAAUAAAAGUGAUAUAUUUAAAACAAAA